GGAGGGCUCACUCUCUGCGCACAUAAAGCAUACUGACUGCAGCCAGUCUCUAUAAGAGACGGGACACACUAAGCCUAUAGAUAGACAGUACAAAGGGAGCCAUUGGGUACAGGCAGCUGAUUUUACACAGCUAUACAGAAAGAAGAAGAAUCCUACUUUAUAGUCACAAGCUGCAGUAUUAGGACAUGGGCAUACAUGGAUCCAAGCCUCGAAAACAAGCACAAGUCCUGAUGCUGGGUCUGACAGGAUCAGGAAAGACCACACUGCUCUACAAGCUGAAGUACAACGAGAACGUAGAGACGGUACCAACUGUGGGCUUUAACGUGGAGACUCUGGAGACUGACAGGAGCAGCCCGGGCCUGACAGUGUGGGAUGUUGGGGGCCAGAGAAAGAUGAGGCCCUUUUGGAAACAUUUCUAUACUGAUACAGCCGGACUGGUGUUUGUGGUGGACAGCUGGGAUCAAAAGCAGCUGGAUGAGGCCCGCAAGGAACUUCAUCGGGUCCUGAAGCAUGAGAGUCUCAAAGGGAUUCCACUUGUGGUCCUUGCCAACAAACAGGACCUCCAGGGCUCCCAAAGCCCAGAGGCACUUUGCCUGACACUGGACUUGAGGAGAUUGUGCGAGGGCAGGACCUGGUUCAUCCAGCCCUGCUCAGCCACCACCGGCAUGGGACUGGAGGAGGGUUUCAGGAGGAUCGUCUAUCUGAUGAAGACUCCAUUUAAACAGACUCAAGAGGACAUUAAGGUUAAGAUGAAGUCUAAAGGCUUCAGUAUCACAGCUGUGGAAAAAGUAGUAUGUCUCUGCAGCAGAUGAUGGUUGAGCAUCUGUUUUGAAAAUCAUUCAAGUGAUGUGCAGGAUUCCUUGUGGUCUGCCUGUGUAAAUCACCAGAAAAUGGCCUCACUGGUAUCUAUAGGAUCAAAGUGGAGGUGAUGAGAAAAGGAAUGAGAUUAUCACAGUUUUGAUGUUAAUCUAUGUGACAGAGAGGAGCUUUAUUCAAUAAUGGUGAAGAAAACAUGUCCUUGGACCAUAGUGAUAUCCAAUGAGGGUGCUGUGAUCUUGGGUUAAGACAGCUGGUGUGUCAAAAACUGAAAUUUGAGCUGAGCCUGAGAGAUGAAUCUGAACCUAUUGCAAAACAGAGCAUUUGCAAUAAUUCAGUCUAGGAUUUUCCAAACUGUACAUGGAAAAGUGACUGAUUAAAAACCUGUAUUUUUUUUUAGUUUUUUUGGUGUGUGGGUCAAAACAAUUGUAUUCUCCAAUUGUGCAACAUUUGUUUUUUUGUUUUAUGAUUUGUUUUUUAUUUAUGUUUGUAUCCAUUUUAUGAAAUAUAAAUUGUUGUUUUUAGUUCAACUAUUGUGUUUGUUUGGAAUGUAAUUUCAAUUUGUGUUUCAUUUCAUGCUGGAAAUGUUUCAGUGUUGUUUUGUCUAUUGUUGCAAUGAAAUAAAGAAUAAUACAAGU